UGCCGGAGAGGCCUUCGCGGAAGUCCAUGAGCCAUUGGGAGGGACUCGGCGAUUGCCGAGUGCCCUUGUUGCCGAGGGCCUCUUCCUGGGUCAUUCCUGGAGCCGAAGCGGGACUGGGGCCGACACGGGGGCGCCCACGUGGCCGUCUGGGCGCCUGUGUGACCUCCCCUCCCGCGGGAUGUGGCGACUACGUCGGGCCGCCGUGGCCUGUGAGGUUUGCCAGUCCUUGGUGAAACACAGCUCUGGGACAAAAGGAAAUUUACCACUCCAAAAACUGCAUCUGGUUUCACGAAGUAUUUCUCAUUCACAUUGUCCUACCUUAAAGCUUCAAAGACCCCAAGUGAAAACAUCAUUUCAGCAAUUCUCUUCUUUAACUAACCUACCUUUACGUAAAUUGAAACUUUCUCCAGUUAAAUAUGGCUACCAGCCUCGCAGGAAUUUUUGGCCAGCUAGGUUAGCAGCACGACUCUUAAGACUUCGGUAUCUCAUACUGGGAUCUGCUGUUGGGGGUGGCUACACAGCCAAAAAGACUUUUGAUCAGUGGAGAGAUAUGAUACCAGACCUUAGUGACUAUAAAUGGAUUAUACCUGACAUUGUGUGGGAAAUUGAUGAGUAUAUUGAUUUUGAGAAAAUUCAAAAAGCUCUUCCUAAUUCAGAAGACCUUGCAAAGUUAGCACCAGACCUUGACAAAAUCGUUGAAAGCCUCAGCUUACUGAAAGACUUUUUCACCACAGGUCACAAAUUGGUUAGUGAAGUCAUAGAAGCUUCUGACCUACUUCUCUUGUUAGGUUCACCUGGAGAGACAGCAUUUAGAGCAACAGAUCAUGGAUCCGAAAGUGGUGACAAGCAUUAUAGGAAGGGUCUGCUUGGUGAGCUCAUUCUCUUACAACAGCAAAUUCAAGAGCAUGAAGAAGAAGCACGCAGAACCGCUGGCCAGUAUAGCACGAGCUAUGCCCAACAGAAGCGCAAGGUGUCAGACAAAGAAAAAAUUGACCAACUUCAAGAAGAACUUCUGCAUACGCAGUUAAAGUAUCAGAGAAUCUUGGAACGUUUAGAAAAGGAGAACAAAGAAUUGAGAAAAUUAGUAUUGCAAAAAGACGACAAAGGCAUUCAUCAUAGAAAGCUAAAGAAAUCUCUGAUUGACAUGUAUUCUGAAGUUCUCGAUGUUCUUUCUGAUUAUGAUGCUAGUUAUAAUACACAAGAUCAUUUACCACGGGUUGUUGUAGUUGGAGAUCAGAGUGCUGGGAAAACAAGUGUGUUGGAAAUGAUUGCUCAAGCACGGAUAUUCCCACGAGGAUCUGGGGAGAUGAUGACACGUUCUCCAGUGAAGGUAACUCUUAGUGAAGGUCCUCACCACGUGGCCUUGUUCAAAGAUAGUUCUCGGGAGUUUGAUCUCACCAAAGAGGAAGACCUUGCAGCAUUAAGACAUGAAAUAGAACUCCGAAUGAGGAAAAAUGUGAAAGAAGGUUGUACUGUGAGCCCUGAGACUAUAUCCUUAAAUGUAAAAGGUCCUGGACUACAGAGAAUGGUGCUUGUUGAUUUACCAGGUGUAAUUAAUACUGUGACAUCAGGCAUGGCUCCUGACACCAAGGAAACUAUUUUCAGUAUCAGCAAAGCUUACAUGCAGAACCCUAAUGCCAUCAUCCUGUGCAUUCAAGAUGGAUCUGUGGAUGCAGAACGCAGUAUUGUUACAGACUUGGUCAGUCAAAUGGAUCCUCAUGGAAGAAGAACCAUAUUUGUUUUGACCAAAGUAGACCUGGCAGAGAAAAAUGUAGCUAGUCCAAACAGGAUUCAACAGAUAAUUGAAGGCAAACUCUUCCCAAUGAAAGCUCUGGGUUAUUUUGCUGUUGUAACAGGAAAAGGAAACAGCUCUGAAAGCAUUGAAGCCAUUAGAGAAUAUGAAGAAGAAUUUUUUCAGAAUUCGAAACUUCUCAAAACAAGCAUGCUCAAGGCACACCAAGUGACCACAAGAAAUUUAAGCCUUGCUGUGUCUGACUGCUUUUGGAAAAUGGUACGAGAGUCAGUUGAACAACAGGCUGAUAGUUUUAAAGCAACACGUUUUAACCUUGAGACGGAGUGGAAGAAUAACUACCCUCGCCUGCGAGAGCUUGACCGGAAUGAACUGUUCGAAAAGGCUAAAAAUGAGAUCCUUGAUGAAGUUAUCAGUCUGAGCCAGGUUACACCGAAACAUUGGGAAGAAAUCCUUCAGCAGACCUUGUGGGAAAGAGUAUCAACUCACGUGAUUGAAAACAUCUAUCUUCCGGCUGCACAAACCAUGAAUUCGGGGACUUUUAAUACUACAGUGGAUAUCAAGCUUAAACAGUGGACUGACAAACAGCUUCCUAAUAAAGCAGUAGAGGUUGCUUGGGAGACCCUACAAGAAGAAUUUUCCCGCUUCAUGACAGAACCCAAAGGAAAAGAACAUGAUGACAUAUUUGACAAACUUAAAGAAGCUGUUAAAGAAGAGAGUAUUAAACGCCACAAGUGGAAUGACUUUGCUGAAGAUAGCUUGAGGGUUAUUCAACACAAUGCUUUAGAAGACCGGUCCAUAUCUGAUAAACAACAGUGGGAUGCAGCUAUCUAUUUCAUGGAAGAGGCUCUUCAGGCUCGUCUGAAGGAUACUGAAAAUGCAAUUGAAAACAUGAUAGGUCCAGACUGGAAAAAGAGGUGGAUGCACUGGAAGAAUCGGACCCAAGAACAGUGUGUUCACAAUGAAACCAAGAAUGAACUGGAGAAGAUGUUGAAGUGUAAUGAGGAACAUCCAGCUUACCUUGCAAGUGAUGAGAUAACCACCGUUCGGAAGAACCUGGAAUCCCGAGGAGUGGAUGUAGAUCCAGGCUUGAUUAAGGAUACUUGGCAUCAAGUUUAUAGAAGACAUUUCUUAAAAACAGCUCUACACCACUGUAACCUUUGUCGGAGAGGUUUUUAUUACUACCAAAGGCAUUUCAUAGAUUCUGAGCUGGAAUGCAAUGAUGUGAUUUUAUUUUGGCGAAUACAACGCAUGCUUGCUAUCACUGCAAAUACUUUACGGCAACAACUUACAAAUACUGAAGUUAGGCGAUUAGAGAAAAAUGUUAAAGAGGUAUUGGAAGAUUUUGCUGAAGACGCAGACAAGAAAGUUAAGUUACUUACUGGCAAACGAGUCCAACUGGCUGAAGACCUCAAGAAAGUUAGAGAGAUUCAAGAAAAACUUGAUGCUUUCAUUGAGGCUCUUCAUCAGGAGAAGUAAAUUGUAUUAGAAUCCUCAUAACCGCCUCUGCAUACAUCUGAAGAAACAAAACGUCAGUCUUUUGUCCUGCCUCUCUUCCUUCUGCUAUUCCACCUUCUUAAACAUACAAUAAAAGUCAUAGGGGAAAAUAAUUCAUGUGUGUUUCAGGCACUUUGACCCUCAGCUGCCUUUUGACUGGAAGAACAGUGAAAAUGGCAUUAUCAUCCUAUAUAAUUGUAUCAAGGUGACAGAUCAGUAUAAUUGGCCUAGCCACUCAGGCUAGUCCUUGAAGAUAGGAAACUUGCUUUCUACUCUGUUGUCUUAUUUGUGGUGGCACUAGUGUAAUUCAUUAUCCAUGGUACUCACUGUGUCUUUUUCAGAAAUGUAAUGCUAGUCAUUUUGGAAUAGUACUUUUUUUUAAGUUAUCAUUUGUAUAUAAAAUGAUAGUAGCCUGCUAAGUCAUCAUCUGUAACUAUAGUGUUCUCCUCCCAGGCAUUAGUUAACUGUUAAUUCAGUUAUAAGGGGAGGGAAAAACUGAUUAAGGGAAGAUCUUCAGAUAGGUAAAUUUGGAUUUUAACAAUUCAGAGUGUAAUCAGUGAAAAAAAACCAGCCUUGAUUGCUAGGUUAGAAAUUGUUUUAGAAGCGAUUAGUAGCAGCUUACCUUCAGUUGAUAUUUUUCCACACUCGACAUCCAUUCAGAAUUCAUUUAUUUUGAAUGUUGUGUACUUAAGUUGGGCUUUCUGUUAACAGUAGGGGUUUUUUUUCUAUUAACAGAAACCCAUGGCAGGGGAUGGAAAAGAUUAAGAAUAAUCAAUUGACUUAUUUCAUUUAGAAUAUUGUCAAAUAUUUGGACAUCGGGAAAAGGCUUUCUUCCUAUGGCUUUUUUUUUUGAGGGUGAGUGGCAGAGCGUUCAGGGGAUUGAACCUGGAGCCUCAGACUUGCUAGGCAAAUACUGCAGCACUGUGCUACUCCCUCUCUACCCCUCUAUUCUAAAUAGAAAUCAUUGCAACAGAAUAAUGGUCACCAUUUCCCUCUCAGUUGAAAAUUAAAACAAAAUUUAAAGUUUAAAUCAUUGCAGUUCAAGUACAAUAAUGCUCUUCCAACAUUUUCAUGUUUUAUACAAACUUAUUUUAUUAAUUAACAGACUUUAAAAAAAAUACACCAUUUUUAACUUAUAAAAUUUUUCUCUUUUGCUGUUAAGGCUUUAUUAUGCUAACAGAACAUACCUACUUUGUGAGUACAGUUUACAUUGAGUAAAGAUCAAGAGCGGCCUAUACUAUUUUGGGGAUUGUUUUUUGAUAACGAUUUUCUGCUUACACACAUACACACACACACACUUGUUUCUUUUUUUAUCUGAAUACAUUCUUCAUUGAGCUCCUUCAUGAUUUGACAGUGUGCAUAGGUGGAGAAUGUCACCGAUAGUUGAGUAAAUGCAACUAUUUAAUUUAAACUGUGAGGUAGGAACAUCUCCUUUUUGCAGUUAGUAGCAGUGUAUGUUGUUUAAUAGACAAGUGGUCAAGGACAUUUCCAGUUUUCUUGUAGGUGAGGGACAGAGGUCAGCACAAAGGGCACAGAGCCCUGUGAUGGUCCACACUAAGAUUAGCAGCUGGCCUUACGGGGUAAGCCCUGACAGCCACAGUAAGCCCCCUUACUGGAGCACACAUCACACAAUGUGCAGCUGAGAAACACCCAUUACAACUACAUGUCUACUUCUAAAGGAAUAAAGAAAUAGCCUGUUUGUUUCUGUGAAUUAUGGAUAGAUAAGAGGCCCCCCCAGCUUUAUUUCUACAGAUUCAUUCUUUGCCAAAUGCUGAAGUUAGGGAGUCAUUUUUCACAUCCCCUUGUUUAAAUUUUGUUUUUUCUUUUUAACUGGAAGAGGAGAACUUUCAAUCCUGUGAGAGAGUUAGUAGUGUAACUUAAAUAUAAAAGUUGCUGAUAAAUAUAUAUAUGUUUUUUAAAAGUGAUUCCUUUCACACUCCUUAUCCCCUCAACAAUACAGUUUCUUUCAUGGAUUGGCUUUUUUUUGUUGUUAUUUUGUGUUUGUUUUUAGUUGACGUAUGCUUUCUCCCCUCCCUUGAAAACUAAGUAUUUAUUAAUUGCAGUUGUUAUGAAAAGAAAAAAAUAAAAUUCAGUCUCAACAGUAAGUACUGUGUGUUGUAUCUGUAGUUCAAAAACUACAAAUGAUUCAAACUUAAAUAUAAAAAAUAAUCAGCCAGUUGCUACACAGAAGUUAAAGUAUAACUGUAUCUAAUCUAAUCUAAUCAUCUGUUUAUCAUGUCAGACUUUGCAAAGAAUGGAGUAAAUCAAGGACAAAUUAAUAGAUGAGGAUAUGUGUAGGCUGUGCACAGUAGGAAAUGUGUGGUAUGUUCUCACCUCACAGUUGAAAUGGCUGAACUGUACUUACAGGAGGAACAAUCAGCCUUUCUAGUUUAAUCAUUGUCUUCGUAGUAGCCUCAUUUUCCAGGCUUUCAUCCAGUGCACUCCUUCCUACAAAUUAUAUAGUAAUCAAAUGCA